UUUUGUCAUUUUCUUGCUUGAGCGACGUUCCUUAAAGCCAACAGAAGAACAGGAACAAUCGACAAUCUCUCCGAAGGAGGGCUCUCCUGGCUUCAAAAAAGUCCUUUUGAUUCCCUCAUAGUUCUCUGCGAAGGGGAACUGUUUUUUCUCCUCACAACUCUUGAGUUUGUAGCCUAAGUAAUUUCGCUGCAGCGGCGACUUCACAGUUCGUAUGAAGAGGAGGGCAGUCCUAGUCCUUCCCCUCAAAGCACACUUCUAGUGGAAAACACAUUUCAGCAGCUCAGAAAAUGACACGGGGAAGAGGGAACGCGUUUUAUGUGAAGAAAAGUGCAAAGAUUAUCGGAAAGUCCCCUCGGGUUGACGGGUUCAAACAUCUGUGAAGCGUGUUCGAAAUUCGAAGCUUUGGAACAAACAGAACAACUUGUAACGGACUUAAAACGUAGGACGCACGAAACCGGCGGCAGAUCGAAAUAAAGCGGGACUUGGCGAAAACUUAUGAAGAGUGGCUUGGCGUUCGGGACCUCGCGGACCGGCUGUGUGUUUUGGAGCAACUUGAGGAGCUUCUUCAAUCCAGUGACCCUAGCGAUUGUCAGCACCAUGAGCAGCCAGUAGUGACACACGACAGCAUCUACAGCAGCCACACAGAUGUUUCGGAAAAAAGCCUCAUCCUCCUUGAGAAUGCGAGGAAUAUCAGAAAGCAAUAGACGGAGUGUGGACCGUGCCCGAAGCUCCUCCUUCCAUGAGGUAGGCAGGUCACGGGAGCUGGAAAUGAGGGCUGCAACCUCAGUUUCCGAGGACACAUCGGCUAGCAGCAGUAGCGGUAGCGGGCAUACGGUUCUGCAACGGCUCUUACAGGAGCAAAUGCGCUAUGGCGAGGGUCGAAAUUAUCUUGCCCUGCAGCAACAACAACAACAGCAGCAGCAACAACAGCAACAAGGUCCAGUAAGUGGAUACCCGGGCCCUGGCAGCCCAGGGGACGAGCACUCGAUGGUCCCUCACAUUGCGAGGCAGGAGCCUCAGGGCCAGGAGCUGCAGGCCGACAGCGGCAUGGAGAAGCUUAGCGCACGCACCGGAGGAGGAGGCGGUGGCAGUGGAGGCACGGGGUCAGGUGGCGGAAGCUGCGUUAGCGGACAAGGGCAGAAUCCCGAAGACUUGCCCACCUAUGACCAAGCCAAGGUGCAGUCGCAGUAUUUCCGUGGCCAUCAGCCCCAGCAGCCUCAACCACAGAUGCCCCAGUCAGUAGGUGCUGCAUUUUAUGUGACCGGUGUCAGCAACCCUAAAGUGCGACCCCCGGAGGGCAGGCCCACGUUGCAAAGAGUGAACGGAGGCAAAGUGCACCAAGACGACGGGCUAAAGGAUCUUAAACAAGGCCAUGUACGUUCGCUCAGUGAAAGACUGAUGCAGCUCUCGCUGGCCACCAGUGGGGUCAAGGCCCAUGCGCCUGUUACUAGUUCACCACUUUCCCCCCAGCUGCCUCCACCUGGACUUCCUGGAGACUACUAUAAACCCACUGGGCCCCCACACAGAGGCCCACCACCAGACUAUCCUUUUAAAGGAAUGCCCUCUCCACCCAAACAGCAGCAGCACCAUCAGCCUCAGCACCAGGAGCCUGGACACUUCUACCCAGACCACCGUGGCACAAGUCAGCCAUCCAGGGCUGACAUUCCUCAUGUCCGGUACCAGCCACCACCUGAAUACGGCUCUUUCCGGUCAAAUAAGGAGAGUUCAAGUCACUCUCAAAGGUCUGUCCAUCACCACAGCCCUUCAUCUUCUGUUACGUCAGGGGGCUCUCUUUCCCGUGCCCAGUCUUCCACUCUCAGCAGCAUCUUGGCCUCUUCCCAUCCUCCUCCACCUAUGGGUCACCAGGGAGAGCCCCAGUUCCCCACUGGUGCUCGUAGCCCACAGGGGCAUGGUUCCCACCAAGGUGAUCCAUAUGGCCCAGGUCACCCUCCCCAUCAGCGGAGCCACGCAUUUCCUCAUGAUCCUUAUGGGUCAGCUCCCAGGGGCCUCCACAUGCACCAGCACCAGUACCACCAACAGGGCCCUCAGCAGCAGCAACAGAAUCCAGGACAACACUACCCACAUCCACACUCCAUGCAGGGGGAUCCUUACGCCAUGCUGGCCCGUGCCCAACAGAUGGUGGACAUGAUGUCCGAAGAGAACCGCUUGCUUAAGCAAGAGCUGGAAGUGUGUGGGGAGAAGGUGUCAAAACUGCAAAAGCUUGAGACUGAGAUCCAGAUGGUGUCUGAAGCCUAUGAGAACCUGGCCAAAUCAUCCUCAAAGAGGGAAGCUCUCGAGAAGACCAUGAGAAAUAAGCUGGAGAUGGAGGUGCGCAGGAUGCAUGACUUCAACAGGGAUCUAAGAGACCGAAUGGAAACGGCCAACAAGCAGCUCGCCGCAAAAGAGUGCGAGGGCACCGAGGACAAUCGCAAAACCAUCUCACAGCUUCUGGUUCAGAUUAAAGAGAUUCAGAUAGAGAAGGAGAAGCAGGACAUGGAGUUGAAUUCUCUUCGCUCCACCAACGAGGACCAGCGCAGACAUAUAGAGAUCCGUGACCAGGCCUUGAAUAACGCCCAAGCCAAAGUGGUCAAACUGGAAGAGGAGCUGAAGAAAAAGCAGGUAUAUGUGGAGAAGGUGGAGCGGAUGCAGCAGGCUCUAGCACAGCUUCAGGCCGCUUGUGAGAAGAGAGAACAGCUUGAGCAUCGGCUGCGCACUCGACUGGAGAGAGAGCUCGAAUCGCUGCGAAUGCAACAGAGGCAGGGUGGUUCUCAAAACACAGUUGGUACUGAGUUCAGCACAGCAGCUCUGAUGGAGCACCUGAGGGAAAAAGAAGAGAGGAUUUUGGCCCUGGAGGCCGACAUGACCAAAUGGGAACAGAAGUACCUGGAGGAGAGCGUCAUGAGACAGUUCGCGCUGGACGCCGCUGCUUCUGUGGCCACACAGAGAGACACAUCCUCUACCAUCAUCAGCCACUCCCCCAGCAGCAGCUACGACACUUCAGUGGAGGCACGUAUCCAGAAAGAAGAGGAGGAGAUCCUCAUGGCUAACCGCCGCUGUCUGGACAUGGAGAGCAGGAUCAAGAACCUGCACGCUCAGAUCAUAGAAAAGGACGCCAUGAUAAAGGUACUGCAUCAGCGCUCGCGGAAAGAGCCGGCUAGCAAAUUAGACGCCCCUGCCAUGAGGCCCUCCAAGUCCCUCAUGUCCAUAGCCACGGGCACCGGCAGCUCCAGCGGCUCCGGGCUGCUGUCACACUCUCUGGGCCUCAGCGGAAGCAGCCCUAUCACGGAGGAGCGCAGGGAAGACCGCAGCUGGAAGGGCAGUCUGGGUGUUCUGUUGGGCCCAGAGUUCAGAGGUGACUCUCUUAGGACGGAGUCCAUCUCCUCUUCUCCAUCUCCAGUCCUGCCCUCCACCCCCAUGCCAGCCGCCACACACUCAAAGACCGGCAGCAGAGACAGCUGCACUCAGACAGAAAAGGGUCAGGAGGCCAGCAAGCCGAGCACACCCGCCCUGCAGAGCGUACCUGGACCAAGCCGGAUCAGCAGCCCGAGCCCAGUCUACAUACCUGACCGCAUCGCCGAUGUGCCAGUGUUUCACAGCAGUACAUUAGAGAGGAGAGCACCGGUGCAGUCGCUCCCCCAGCAGAGCCUGCCACCGCCGCCACUCCCAGCGCAGGACGUGGACAACGAGAUGGUGGAAAUUCUCAUCUGAUCACACAAAUUAUUAAAGAUUCAACUCAGCAGGUGAAGGAAUCUGUGCACUUCGCUCCGUUACAUGUUCAGAUCAAGAUUUUUGGUAUGUUUAGGAAUGCACUCUUUACACAAAUCUGCGAACAACAUACAACGUCAUUUACAAUCAACACUUUUUGUACAGUAUUGUCUGGUGGUGUUUUUCCCUCCAGACCCUUGGACCAAA